AUUGUGACAUAUUUACAAAUGUGGGAGUUUUUCCCUGGCAACUGCUAACCUGGAAGAUGCCUACAUACAAUUAGAAAUGCCAAGAAUGUUGAUAUUUCAUAGCAUCGCCGAACACUAAUCGCAGAUGCUGUUAUUUAUCCGGAGAUCACAGAUGUUAUGCCUUUCAAGUGACAAUAAUGACGGAGAUGCCAAUGUUUAUGUUUACAAAGUUGGCCAUGCGAUGGAUUGUUAUGUGUUGUGUUUGAGUGUACAAGCUGUUUCACAGUCAUAGUUAAUAAUGGAUGAUAAAAUAAACUCAGCAUUUAUUUAUGCUGAAUCAUUGCCACAAUGUAUAUAGCAGUAACUGGACAUUUGUAUGUAUGUCCCGAUGAAGGAUGUUAACGUUGUUAAGUCAAGCUCGAUUCUGGACACUGAAAGAUGAAAUAGUUAUUAAAGACACAGACUUCGGUGCUUUCAGGUAUUUAGAAAAAAAGGACGUGUCUGAUUCGCCCUACAAUGAAGGGAAGCGUUCAUUUGCGGAACAAAGAGGAAUCACAUGCGUGGUUCGAAAUAAAAGACCAAACAAGUUAAGAGAGUCAAUUAAAGAUUUAGAGGAACAUUUGAUUCAGCAUAAAGUGAUCUAUUGUCACUGGAGGGACAACAGCCUCUUGCAACUGAUUUUCAGCUCUGGGCUUAUUGCUAAAAUAUGUAUAAACAUUUUUACUGGUGACAUACUAAAAAUUUCAUUUGACAAGUAUCUUGUUGGAAAACUUCUUUCUGAGUAUAUUGCUGAUGCUAUUUUCACAAAAACGCACUUAAUUUUUUCAUACAAUGAUAACCAGGUAACACUUGUUUACUUUGUGAAACCACUAACAAACUGCAAUGUAUCAGAAAAAAUUAGUCGUUUGGAACCAAAAGUACAAAAUCUGGAGUUGGCUGGACCAUCUGGCCGGCGCUUGGAGAGAAAAUUGUCAUCAAAUGUUAAUGGAGACAUGAUACUUAUUUGGUGGCGGUGCACUCGUGAUGAAGUUUAUCCGUGGAGUCCCGUCGUUAAAGAUCAGGACAGAGCAAAUGUUCAUGUGUAUAUGGUCACUGGGACAAAAUUCGAGCUGCUGUGCUACUAUAGAACAGAAUUUGAUCCAGUCAGUGUAUCUUUCAGCUGUAUACAGCCAAAUGUCAUUCAUUCAGUAGAGCAGAAGGUGUCAAGAAAAGGAGAAGUGACAGUGGAGAGCUGCACGUACGAGAUAAGUAAAUCACGUUUACAGCGAACAGCAGUUACUUCUGUCCCUCUACAGACUCAAGUUUGCUGCCACAGCUUCAGUCCGGAUGAAGAGAAACUUUUGCUUGGCUGUAUUGAUGGCUCCCUAGUGCUGUUUGAUGAGGGAAGAGGAGUUACACAUACAGUAAAGGCAGCAUUUAUAUCCACAACAGUAUCUUGGCACCCUGAUGGCAUGUUAGUUGUAGUUGCCAAUGAAAGGUGUCAGCUACAGUGUUUCGACACAGCACUGGGCUGUAUCAGGAAUCAAUUGGUGAGUGAAGAUAUUACACCAUCGAGUUUGUUGGACCUCGGAUCCUACUUUAGGACUCAGCCAACCCUUCUGCACAUGGAAUGGAAUAAGAAGACCGAUGUCAGCCAAUAUGCAGAAAACUUUUGCCAGACAGAUGGGUUCCUUUUACUUCAGUUCGAAAGGGGACCACUAGCUGUUGUUCAGUUGGUUGGGGGUGGUGGCCUUAUUGGAGAUCUUCAUGGAAGUGGUCUCACUGCAGACACUAUGGUUGCAAAGUACCUGAUGUUCAAUCAGGUUGACCGGGCGAUCAAUUUGUUGCUAAGUCUCAACUGGGAUUCGUAUGGUCAGCAGUGUAUUUCUUGUCUCAACCGUAUCAUUAAUUACCUCUUCCGGCAACCACUCACACCAGAAAGAGAAGUGCAGCUUCAAACAGCUUUAGGCAGCUUUCUUUUGCCUCCACGGCCCCUUUGCCAUGCUACGGAGGAGGAGUUUGGAAGCACUGUACGUGAUUUGGCAAGACGUUUCUUUCACCACCUGCUGCGCCAUCGGCUACUUGAUAAGGCUUUCAGACUGGCCAUUGACUUGGAUGAUGGUGAUCUGUUUUCUGAUAUAUGGCACUGUGCCAAAGGAAUGGGUGAGACCGUUAUAGCUGAUGCUGCCCGCGAACGUGCACGUCUGAUAUUUAGCCGCUGUAGCAGCCGGUCGAGCUCACACUCAGAUUCAUCUCAGUGUUCUCGUUCCUGUUGUUCUGGAUGCUCUGGUUGUGAUAGCCGUGAUACAACGAGUGACGACUCACCGGAACCACCACCUCAGCCACCACCUCCUCUUCCAGUACCAAGACAGCAAGGGAGUUCUGUGAGAACACCGGGAGAGAAACCAAAAGUGAAGUUCUCUGACACUGUCACUCACAUUCUUGUGCCUGAUUCAAGACCAUCAUUGACAGAAGAGGAGGAUUUUUGCCUGAAUGUGAAACCAUCUGGCAGUGCUUUACAAUUGCAGAAAGACCACUCCAAGAGACAGCAUGUUUACAUUCCAGACACGCAGCAGGAACUUGCUGACAGUCUGCCACUGUGCCUUGGCAACAAAGACUACUUGAAAGAUUUUUCAACCAGUGCAGAUAUAUCUGAGGAAGAGGACAAUGGAAAUGGCACCAUAAAAGUUGUCCAUUUUGGUGUUGUAUAAGAAAAAAAAAAACCCCUCUUGUUUGGAUUUUCAGGCCAACAGUUCAAGUGCCUUACCAGUGUGCAGUUGUAGCCAAGUGGCUUUAUGAUGUGCCUUACUCAUCUGUGUGCCAAAGUAAAUGUUUCAUUUAUUCAGUAUUUUGCACAAUAUAUUUAUAGAAAUGAUUUUUAUUUAUCCCUUCUCACUGCAUUUUCCAAAUAAUGUGAAUAUGCUGUUCUUGGUGAUAUUAUCAAUGCUCUAGGUACUGUGGAUAACCACUCACUUCUCUUGUUGUGGUAUUAAUUCACUAAAUGUACAUCUAGUAUACACCUGACAAGUACUGUGUUUAUUCUGUGCGGAGUAUACCUUUACAAAUGGACUGAUAGAUCUAAUGUAGGAGCCUUACAGCCCAGGGAUGAACAAGUUAUUUGUUUUUGCAUAUUACUGAUGCAUAUCUGUUGUGAGAUGUUAUAACUCUGGUACUUACCAAUGCCAACAUUUAUUGAUGUGAAUCCCAGAGGUCCAAUUUUAACCUCCACAUAUCUACUGAAAAUAACUCGUGUCAACUGUGGAUAAUUUCUAUCUGAACUGCAGAGUUUGGAGUACUUUAAAGAAAAUAUGUCUGUAGUGCACUUUGAUUAAUCGUUAUACUCGUUGAAAAUACUUCCCUCAUUUUAUCCCUACUGUAUGGAGCAAAUAUUGCUUCUCUUUCCUACUGUUUUUAACUGAAAGCAUUAAAAAAUGCUGUCUAAAUUUAAUAUUUAUACUUGGACAGAAGCUAUUAACCCUUUCGUGUUGCUCAUUCACUGUGGACGAGCACCAGUCCCGCCCGGCCCUGGCCCACUGCACAGCGCAUUUUUCGCGCUCCCCGCCUUUACUCUGCCGUGCUUUCAUACUCAUAGUGUUAUUGCAGUUAUUGGACUGUAUACUAGAUAUUUGUUUGGGAAAAUAUUUAUUCAAAUCACACGUUUUUGAUAUUCAUUUUGAAUAAAAACAGUUUUCUUGGAGUUUUCAGAUAAAUGGCAUAAUUUUUUCUUACGUUCUAUAAGAUCUGUGUUUUGAUUCAGCUCUGGUGGGGUGGGUGCUUUAUUAUUUGAAACAUAAAUUGAAUAGUGUUUUUGUUUUCACUACUUCAAUAAUAUUUAUUUAUAAUUGGUUUGCAUUACAUUCCAGUAGGAUUACAUUAUGAGAAUAUCAUUGCACUGCGUUACAUUUCAAGAGUCUUUUGUGUAUGGUAAAUCAUACAGCAGGGAAAGGCGCAUAGUGUCGUAUUGCAUUCCUUACAACACAUUUCAGUCUGCUUCCGCUUCUUGUGCACUCUGCAGACAAGCAAGUUCUGUAGCUGCUCCAAUCGUCAGGUAGGUGAGGCCCUGCUCCCAGUCUCAAGGGACAUGCUGAUAGUUUUCCUCUGCUGGUUCUUCUUUUUUCUACUUUAUAUUUUUCCAGGAUUCCCUGUAUGACUACCAUUUGAAAGUUGGCAUAGCUAAUGUUCGUUACAAGUUUCUUAUAUAAGAAGUAAGCAUUGAAAAUGGACAUGUGCACGAUGUGAAUAAACAGUUUGUGAUAUCAUUUAGUGGAUUUUCUUAUGCUUUCUAAGGUCUUUAGUACUGUGCCACUUUUAUUCUCAGAUCCCAUUGAUUUAAUGUAGUCUAAUACUACUGAAUGUUUCAAUUGCUUCUAGCGUGUUGGACGAUCCAUCUUCAAUGUUUCGAACAUUUCUGCAGAGUGGACUGUCGAAGGCAUACAUACAUCUUUUUUGUCACGCCAUUUUAGUGCCAACAGAAAUUCCGAUGCAGAAUGGAAAGUAAGCCCUCCAUCCUUUAGUUUCUCAGGAAUAUUAGACAUACCUUUUCUUGUCUGCCUGACUGUACCACAAGCAUUAGUUGCCCGGUCAGACAACCACCAGAACAGGGCAGGACUCGUAUACCAAUUGUCACAGUACAGGGUGUGUCCCUUCUGUAAAUAUGGCUCUACCAAUGUAGCUACAACAUUUCCUGAGGUACCAAGGUCAUAGUUUUCAAUACCUGUGUGUCAGCCACAGUAGACAAUAAAAUCUAAAAUAUAAUUUUUGUGAACAUCGCGCAGAUAACAAAUAUGUUUAUCCCAAAAUGGCUACGUUUAGCAGGUAUUACUGCUUGACUUUUAGCCUGCCUUUAAAUAAUAGGAAACUUUCGUCUAUGCAUAACUUUCCAUAAAGAUAAAAAUUUUCCUUAUAUUGUUUUCUAAAGUGGUAAGUUACUGGCCAUAGCUUGUUCAAAUAGUUAUUGUCGUGAGGCUUUCCAUUAUUGGCGAAAUGUAAAAACUGCACUCCAUACUCCUUGGAUCCUUUCUGGAACACGACCAGCAGCCACCAUUUGAGAAAAGUAUCUGUUAGUUUCCUUGCACAAAAUGUUUUGUGAUAUCCAUGUUAAAGAACAACUGAAAGAAACUGAGCUACUGUCAUUGUUUAUGAUACCUUUCAGUCCAGAAGUAGCUGCGUCGAACGCGCGUGUUUCUUCAGAUUCAAGUUGUCAUUUUUGUCUUGUUCAGCAAUUCUGAUGCCUCUUCAUCUAUCUCAUUGUUUGUAGUUUCAUCUUCCAUGCACAAAUCCAAGUCUGGUGAUGUCAAUGGAACAGCUGGGGUAGCAUGUGUACCGGAUGUAGAAGGCCUAUAAUUGGUGUUUCAUGUUCAUCGUUAGAUUUUGACGAUGAUUCGCUUUCAUCUUCAAAGUCACUACCCAGUAUAUCGCUUAUCUGCUAUAUUACUUCUAGUAGAAACUAACGUCACUUCAGAUUAAAAAUAAGGUGGGAAAUGAGCAGUCCAACUCAAGCGAAACCAAUGUUUUGAAACUGCCACACAGUUACUCUAUUGUUAACUAAGGACUUUGAACAAAGCCACUAGAUGGUGCAUUGGUCAAACUUCACACAAGUUGAGCAUAGUGAAGUGGAGAAAUAUGAUGCUACAGCAGUCCACCAGCUGAGUGACUCUUGACUUCUGUAGUUCACAGGAGUGAAAGGGUUAAAGGAUGUGGCAGUCCACUGUACCUGAUCAUUGUGCAAAAGCUUCCAGAAACAAAAAAAAAGAUCAGUUCAGUCUGUGGUAACAGAGCAUAAUUCUGUUUAAGUCUAUGAUACUUGUAUAGAUGGCUCAUAAUUGGAAUGAUUGAGGUAGUGUGAAUGACACUAAUGGCAGAAACAGCAUAUUCCUUAAACUGAAAAGAGAACAUGUAGUUCUGAAAGUGUUGUGUUUCAGUUUGGAUUACUUAAUGUAUCUAAAAGAGAAAAAGUAAUUUUUUUAAAAUGUAUAUUUUUACAAAAAACUUAUAUUUUUUACAACUUUAUAAAUUUUGUACAUACAUUAAAAGUGAAUACCUCAUUC